UGUCCGUGAACUUUUGGCGGUUGUGGUUAAUAUUAGAGAUCUUCUUCUCGUAUAAAUAGUCGAGUUUAGGUAAAAAUUAGCAUUCGAGUUCCAUAGCCGGACAACAACAGUCACUCAUUCAAGAUCAUCAUGAUGAAACAAAUGCUUGUUAUCUCCGCCCUUGUGGCUUUCGCUGCUGCUGAUGUCAAACAUCUCUUCGGCUCGUUGGCACACCACUCAGCUUCAGCUGGUUCAGAUGCUGCCGCUGAGGUUUUACGUGCUGACUCUAACAUCAGCCCCGACGGAAGCUACCAAUAUGGAUACGAAACCCAAAACGGAAUCGCCGCUCAAGUACAAGGACAACUGAAACAAGUCGGUGCUGAAUUCGGCAACGUAGCCCAGGGUAGCUUCAGCUUCACUUCCGCCGAGGGUGUGCCAGUCUCCGUACAAUACGUAGCUGACGAAAAUGGAUUCCAACCUCAAUCUGAUGUUCUUCCAACUCCUCAUCCAGUACCACAAGCCAUCUUGAGGUCCCUGGAAUACAACGCCGCCCAUCCACAACCCGAAGAAGGAGUUAAGACCUUCCAAAGGCAAAACGUCUUCCAAAGGUUUUAAGUGAAUAAUUGUCUAUUAUUGUUGUCCUCUGUUUAUUCUGUUUUGUAAAUAUAAAAAGUUUUUGAAUAUUGGA